UGAACCUGAGACCAGCGGACUGGCAAGCAGGGUCUUUUCAUGGUGCUCAGCAUGGAGGGCGGCACAGCAGCAGCAGCAGCAGCGGUACUUCUGGCUCUUUGCAUCUCCUGCCUGCUGCUGUUCUUCAGAAGGACUGGACCAGGCGGGGCGGGGCGCCUUCCUCCGGGGCCUCGGCCUUUGCCCAUCGUGGGCAACUUGUUCCACCUGAAUGCUAAGAACAUGGUCAAGUCACUGUUGGCGCUCAGCAAGAGAUACGGUUCUGUCUACACCAUCUACUUGUGUUCCCAGCCUGUUGUGGUGCUGUGCGGAUACCAGGCCAUGAAGGAGGCGCUGGUGGACCAAGGGGAGGAGUUCAGCGGACGUGGCGACAUGCCAAUAUUAUUCUCAUUCACCCAAGGGAAUGGGAUUGUUCUAUCCCAAGGGGAAAAAUGGAAGGCCUUGCGCCAUUUUGCCCUACAGAAAUUGCGCAAUUUUGGGAUGGGUAAACGCAGCAUUGAGGAACGGAUCCAGGAGGAGGCCCAGUGCCUGGUGGAAGAGCUUGCCAAGACCAAAGCAGCGCCGCUCGACCCCUCGAACCUCAUCAACCUCGCCAUCUCCAACGUCAUCUGCUCCAUCGUCUUUGGGGAUCGAUUUCACUACGAGGAUGAGGAAAUCCUCACUUUGGUUGGGCUGCUCAGAGAGAACUUUGAGAUCAUGAGUUCUCCAUAUGUCCAGAUGUACAAUAUUUUCCCCCGCAUCAUGGAUUACCUGCCUGGAUCCCACAAUAAUAUGUUUUCUAACUUGGAGAAGUUGCGUCUCUUCAUUCUGGAGUUGGUCAAGAAGCAUCAAGCGACCCUGGACCCCAAUUGUCCUCGCGAUUUUGUUGAUAGCUUUCUUCUCAAAAUGCAACAGGAAAAGGGCAACGCUUGCAGCUACUUCCACAUGGACUCUCUGGUCAUGUCCACCCACAACCUUUUCUUUGCGGGCACUGAGACUGUGAGCACCACCCUCCGCUACGGAAUCCUUGUCCUCAUGAAGUACCCUGAGAUAGCAGCCAAGGUCCAAGAUGAGAUCGGCCGAGUCAUUGGCUCACACCGCAGCCCAACAAUGGCAGAUCGGGGCCAGAUGCCAUACACCGAUGCCGUGAUCCAUGAGAUCCAGAGGUUCAUUGACGUCGCUCCCCUUGGGGCCCCUCAUGCUGUUAUAAGAGAUACCAACUUCCGUGGCUACUUGCUUCCUAAGGGCACCAAUAUUAUUACUUUCCUUUACUCCGUCCAUAAGGAUCCAACCCAAUUCAAGAACCCUGAAAUGUUUGACCCCACCAACUUCUUGGAUGAGAAGGGAGAGUUCCGACGGCGCGACGGUUUCAUGCCCUUCUCUGCUGAAUAUGUUAUAAAACCAAAGAACAUAUGGACAAUUCUACACUUAACCAGGUUCUAGUAUUACGAGAGAAGGAGAAAAAUGACUCCUCCACAUUCUCCACACUGUGCAUCAUUUUGUCCACCUCUAUCAGUUCUCCCCCCUUUCCUUCCUUUUUUCCAAGCAAAACAAGCCCAGCUGUUGUAACCUUCCCUCAUAAAGGAGAUGCUCCAGCCCCUUGAUCCUUUCACUUGCCCUUUUCUGCACUUUCCCCAGCUCCUAAACGUAUAUUUAGGAUUUGCAAGGUAGUCUAUUAUGCAAGCUGGGGCAAGAAUCUUGCAAGAUGCUUAAACUACAGUGCAAAGACUCCUGGGGCAAAUAUUCGUCACAGGUGUGCAACUGACAUGUUUUCUAAGAUCUACACAGAAAAGCCUAUUUUGAACCCAAGAAUGGAGGCUUGAUGUGUACCUUUGUUGCUUCAUUCCUUUCUUCCUUUCCUUCAUUAUUGUAACCAGCAAAGGUAGGAGCUGACUUCUUUGAAUGUCUUUAAGCAGGCAUUAGAGAUGUUAUUAUUCCGGCAGGCCUUCCCUUUUUAGAAUCUUAUUGCUGUCCGUUACAUAUUUCUUUUAUGCUGCAUUGUCGUAUUGAUUGUUUUAUCUUGUUUAAAUUGUUUUUAACUUUGUAUGCUGCCUGGGUUACUUUUUAUAUAGGUGGGAUAUAAGCAAUAAUAAUAAUAAUAAUAAUAAUAAUAAUAAUAAUAAUAAUAAUAAUAAUAAACGAAAUCAUAAAAGCAAUACAAAACAGCCAGCGAGAAGUAUUUAAAAAACUUGGGGGAAUAUUGUUUUUCUUAACCCAGAUCUUAUUUUGUGUGAAAGAAUGAGAUCUCCUGAUCUUUAAAAAACACAACAAACUUUAGAAAUCCCAUAUCUGUGCCCAUUAAUGGAACACAAGUCUUCUGCAGGCAAUUGAGUGUUGGAUUAAAAUGUGUGUGUGUGUGUGUGUAGGUGAGUGAGGGAAGGAGGGAGGAUUUUGGGCUGGAAAGCCAACAAGUGGAUGUUCCUCAUGUGUUCAUAGCCUCAGAUUCACCCCUAACCUGCAACAUUCAGAGUGAACCUCAUUGCAAUGCUGUCAAUAAGCCAAACUCUCCCAAACACAGCCUCCCCGUCACCAACACAGGAAAUAUGGACUGCAUU